CUCAGCAAGAAGGCCGACGAGGCUGAGGACGCCCUGGACGAGCUCCACUACUUCAUGAUCCAGGACAAGCUGGACGGGACUCGAAAGGCCACUCCGGAUUUGGGCGAUGGCCUCAGCGCCAAAGCUAACCAUGCCCAACAUGCUGCUCGCAACACUGCUGGUAACUGGCUCUUAUGUUUCUCUUGUUGCCGUCCAAAAGAUGAUGUUGCUGCUGCUGCCAUGCAUGUCUCGUGACCACGGUGGCCAUGCUGAAAAGUUGCCAUUCGAUCGGGUGGAAAUGUCCAACAAAAUCAAGCAGCUCAUAGAGGAAUUGCACUCUAACUGUACUCCUGUCUCUGACUUGCUCAAGAUAGUGUCUGGUAGUAACCCUCAGCCACACAUGCCUGCCAUCACUAAAAGGCCUGACACAAGCUCUGAAAUCACACAGGAUAAGUUGUUUGGGAGGGAUGCCAUCUUUGAGAAAACUGUAGAGGAGAUUAUCAGUGUGACACAGAGUGGUAAAACAUUGUCUGUUCUUCCAAUAGUUGGCCCUGGGGGUAUUGGAAAGACUACCUUUACCCAGCACCUCGUCAAUCACACAAGGAUUAAACAAUGUUUUCAUGAUAUUAAUAUCUGGAUAUGUGUGUCAACUAAUUUUGAUGUGCUUAAGCUCACCAAAGAGAUGCUGAGCUGCCUACCUGCAACAGAAAAUGAAGAAAAUAAUGAAACUACUACCAACUUAGACCAGCUUCAAAAAUCCAUUGCACAGAGGUUGAAAUCCAAAAGGUUUCUUAUUGUCUUGGAUGACAUUUGGGAAUGCAGCAGUAAUGAUGAGUGGGAAAAACUAUUAGCUCCAUUCAAAAAGGACGAGACUAGUGGCAAUGUGAUUCUUGUCACAACUCGGUUCCCAAAAAUUGUUGAAAUGGUGAAAAAGGAAACUAAUCCAAUUGACCUGCGUGGUUUGGAUCCUGAUGAGUUUUGGAAAUUCUUCCAAAUAUGUGCAUUUGGUAGAAUCCAAGAUGAGCACGACGAUCAAGAGUUGAUUGGCAUUGCAAGGCAAAUAGCAGAUAAGUUGAAAUGCUCCCCACUUGCAGCCAAAACAGUUGGCCGGUUAUUGAUUAAGAAACCAUUUCAGGAACAUUGGAUGAAAAUUCUUGACAACAAAGAGUGGCUAGAAGAAAAUCACGACAAUGAUAUUAUCCCAGCCUUGAAAAUUAGCUAUGACUACCUACCCUUCCAUCUGAAAAAAUGCUUUUCAUGCUUUUGCCUUUUCCCUGAUGAUUAUAAAUUUGAGAAGCUUGAGAUUAUUUGUUUUUGGCAUUCAAUUGGCAUCAUAGAUUACAGUAGGCAGAAUAAAAAAAUGGAGGAGAUAGGAUCAGAUUAUUUAGAUGAACUAGUGGACAGUGGUUUUCUUAUAAAAGGAGAUGAUAAUUAUUAUGUAAUGCAUGAUUUACUCCAUGAUCUUUCACGGACCGUUUCAUUAGAAGAAUGUGGCUAUAUUAAUUGUUCUAAUUUUGAGGCAGAUAAAAUCCCCAAAACUAUUCGUUACCUAUCCAUUUUCAUGCAUGAUACUCAUAUUCAGAAUUUCAAGGAAGAGAUGGGUAAAUUGAAGGAAAAGAUAGACAUUAAAAAUUUGCGGAGUUUGAUGAUUUUUGGAGAAUACAGUAGGUUACACCUUAUCAAUGUUUUAAGAGAUACAUUUAAGGAAAUAAAAAGUCUCCGUGUUCUAUCUAUAUUCAUGAACUCCCAUAGUUCUUUGCCACAUAGUUUCUCAAAACUUCUCCAUCUUCGCUACUUAAAACUUUUGUCACCUGAUUACCCAGAAAUGUGUUUGCCUAGCACAGUGUCCAAGUUUUAUCACUUGAAAUUUCUAGAUCUUAACCAAUGGGAAUGUGGUUAUUCUUUGGCCAAAGACAUUUGCCGCCUUGAAAAUUUACGCCAUUUUGUUGCUAAGAAAAAAUUUCAUUCCAAUGUUCCUGGGGUGGGAAGAAUGAAACUUUUACAAGAAUUGAAAGAAUUCCAUGUGAAGAAAGAGAGUGUUGGAUUUGAGCUAGGAGAAUUGGGCAAACUAGAUCAGCUUGGAGGAAAACUCAAUAUAUGUGGGCUUGAAAAUGUGAGAACCAAGCAAGAAGCUAAAGAGGCCAAAUUGAUGGAAAAGAGGAAUUUAGUUAAGUUGGGACUAGUUUGGAACAGUGAGCAAGAGUCCACUGGAGAUGAUAUCCUAGAUAGCCUUGAACCACACUCUAAUAUUAGAAGACUUCACAUUGUAAAUAAAAGUGGCUCCGUUGGUCCUAGUUGGUUGUGCAUCAACAUAGUACACAUGAAAAACUUGGAGACCCUACAUCUAGAGAGCAUUUCGUGGGCUAUCCUUCCACCUAUUGGGCAGCUUUAUCACCUAAGAAAGCUGAAGCUAAAAAACAUUGUUGGGAUAUCUCAGAUUGGACCUGACUUCUUUGGUGGUACUACAGAAAAAAGUUUCGCACAUUUGAAGGAAGUAGAAUUUCAUGAUAUGCCAGAACUUGUGGAGUGGGUUGGUGGAGCUAACUGCCAUCUAUUCUCAAGGCUUGAAAGAAUCGGGUGCAUUAACUGUCCCAGGCUCACAGCGUUGCUGACCUCGAGAUGGCCUAUUUCUUCUACAGCAGACAACACCAUAUGGUUCCCUAGUCUUCGUGAUCUUCACAUUCGUAGAUGUCCAGAGUUGUGCCUUCCUCCCUUGCCUCACACUUUGUUAGUAUCCCAUAUUGAUACAGAGUGCUUGUUUUAUGAUAGUACUAAGUUGAACAUUCGAAAGCCCUCUGAAUUGGUUUUCCACAAUCUUGGGGACAUAGAAAGGUUGACAGCUGAGGAUGCAUUACUUUUAUCAUUUAUGGAUCUCCAAAAGCUACGUUCUCUGAGACAUAUAGAGGUCAGUGGAUGUGAGGAAAAAUUUCUGAGAGGACUGGAUGAUGGUGUUGUGCUCCACACAGUCCAAACUCUCAAACUCAGACAGUUUUCUCUUACCAGAAAAUCAUUGUCCAAUUUGUUCAAAUGUUUCCCAGCUCUUUCUCGUUUGGAUGUGAGCACAUCAUCAGAUGAGGAUCAUGAGGAAGUGGUACUGCAGUUUCCGCCCUCCAGCUCCCUGAGAAAUGUCUGCUUCAAUCGGUGUAAGAAUAUGAUUCUGCCAGUAGAGGCAGAGGAAGGAGCUGGAUUCCGUGCCCUCCCGUCGCUCGAGUCCGUGACCGUAAUAAAUUGUGACAAGCUAUUCUCUCGGUGGUCCAUGGGAGGAGCAGCAGCUCAGACUCAGAGCACCAUCUACCCUCUCCCCCCUUGCCUCAAGGAACUCUGCCUUUGUUAUCAGCAAAGCACUCUGCCAAUGGCUCUGUUCGCGAAUCUCACAUCUCUUACCAAUCUAGAACUAUAUAAUUGCAAGGAUAUCACAGUGGAUGGGAUCGAUCCUCACAUCACAUUCAACCUCGAGCAACUGGAGGUGUACAAUUGGAGAGAUGGUGAGGCUGAGCCCUAUUCUGUAGCAGCAGAUCUACUUGCAGCGGUGGCAAGGACCAAAACAAUGCCCGCCGGUUCCUUCCAACUGGUGCGACUUGAUGUGGACAGCAUCUCCGCAGUGCUUGUUGCUCCCAUCUGCACCCGCCUCUCUGAUACCCUCCAGAGGUUAUACUUCCAUUCUGAUUGGCGGACGGAGAAGUUCACGGAAGAGCAGGACGAGGCGCUUCAGCUCCUCACGUCUCUCCAAGACCUGUGGUUUUGUAACUGCAGGGCUCUGCAGUCCCUCCCCCAAGGCUUGCAUUGCCUUCCUUCUCUCCAGGAAAUACGUAUCUGGGGGACUCAUAAAAUCAGAUCGCUGCCCAAGGAGGGCCUCCCCGACUCACUGCGAGUGCUCUACAUAGAUAAUUGCUGUCCUGAGAUUUAUGAGGAAUGCCAGAAAUUAAAGGGAACAAGGCCAGAUAUAAAUAUAAUGGCCUCCAUCGCUCGAGCGGAAAAUUGAAUCCCUGCUUCUGCAUGCCUUUCAAGCACUCAACUCUUCAGUGUACAUCGAUCUGCAGACUGAAUUUACGAUCUAUAAUUGAGCUCCUGACAUCUCUCCAAAGCCUAUCCGUUGAAGACUGCAGGGCUCUGCAGGCCCUCCCUUCUCUCCAGGAAUUACAUAUCAAUAUAUCAUUGCAACUCAAAAUAUCAUAUGGCUGCUCAUAUCUGUUUUAUGACGAAUGCCAAGGGAAACCAGUUUAAUACAUACAGUUGCCUUCAUUCCUGACGCGGAAAGCUGAAUCUCUGCUUCUCCCUGCCUUUCACGCACUCCAACUCUUCACUGUACACCGAUCUGCAGGACUCUGCUUCAUCAUACGGUUACACAUCAUCGUUCAAAAAACAUAUAUAAUGAGCACCUAACUUAGAUUGUGGCAAAUUUUGGCGAAGAUCAGACCCUUGAGUUUCGUUGGUCUUUUGAAAACCACUGAAGGCAGGAGAUGCUGCAUCACGGAUCAGACUAGAGACUUUUUCUGCAUCGGUCAACCAGCUUAGUGGCAGAACCAAAAAUGCUUUUGAAGACGGGCUCACAAUUGCUUCAAAUCAGAAACAAACCUGCCAGUUAAAGUUCCUAUAUGCCCAAUUCAGCAGUACAUACACCCAGCACUCUGAUUCACUGCAAGUGCUACACAUAUUGCUGUGCUGAGAUUUAUGAGGAAUGCCAGAAAUUAAGCGGCACAAGGCCAGAUAUAAGUACUGGUGCCUAAAUUGCAUGUGUGCAAAGCUGAAUCUCAGCGUCUGUGUUCCUUUCACACACUCAACUCUGCUUCAGCAUGCCAUUGAAUCUACGGCACUAAUGGUUGCCCCACAGCACAGUGAGAUGAUAUGCUGGUUUUCCUUUGCAGAACUCUGCUUCAUCAUCUUGUUACACAUUGUUCAAAACCAUAAAUGAGGCCAAGUUUGGGUUGUGGCAAACUUUGGCAAGUAAAGCCAAGGAAAUUCUCAAUGAGGAUGGCUUGGCGCCUAAGUUUGAGGACUUAGGGAAUAACCGGUGCAUCCAGAAAAUAUCAGGCCCGUAACUCUCGUUGUUCAUUUGAAAACCACCGGAAGACAGGAGAUGUGGCAUCACGAGCCAGACCUUUGAUCAUUUGAAAACCACUGAGGCUCUUUCUGUUUCUAUCAACCAGCUUAGUGCAUGGAAGAAUAAAAAAUGCUUUGGAAGAAGGUGUCACAAUUGUGGAUAGUUAGACAUCCAGUAUCAUUGAGUUGAGGAAACAAAGAAAAUUCAAAUUAGAAGGAAACCUGCCAGUUCGAGUUCUCAUAUAUAUGCCGAAUUCAGCAGUAGAUACACAUAAACCCUCGCUCCUGAUCUCUCACCAUGAACCUGCAUCUGCAGCCCAGGAGACUGGUUUGUACGCUUCUCGUGACAACAGGUGCCACAUGCUUGUAUCUUGAUGACAAAUAUGGUAUUAUACAUACUCUAUGAGAAAAACAUGUAGUCACUAUUGUUGUUGGAUCAACAUUAAAUGUUAUGUUUUCUAGUCUUAUGAGAUGGGUUACAGCAUUAGUUUUCGGUAUAUUACAGGAAAGCAUACAGAUGUUUCUAUUUUCUACUAAGAAAUAUUUCUAGUUCCUUUGUUGAUCUACUUAUUUCCUGUUCCUUUAUUUUGCCAAACUAUUUAUUUCUAGUUCCUUUACCCAUUACAGAGUUGUAGUGUAGUCGAGACUCGAGAAUUGUCAGGGUACCAGCUGAGGGUGCCUAAUGUUUUCUUAUGAUUUGUAGCAUUUCAAAAUAUAAGCAUUGCUCCUGCCUGAUUCGUUUGGGAAAAAAACAAAAACAAAAAAGCUAAGCAUUGUGACCAUCAGAAUAGCAGAGUUGCUAAUGUAAUGGCUGCUAAAGCAAAACUUCUACUCUAUGAGCAAAAAUCUAUUGAAUCGAUCCAGAUUUUGAGAAGCAGAGAUGUGCUCAGCUAGAAGUACUAGAAGCAAAGAAGAAAGGGGACAAAACCGAAGAGUGAUUUCCAUGCAACUGGAGACAUUGCUGUCCCAUGAAUCAAGGCUGGCACAGGAAAACUUAACAUAUGCCAGUGAAAACCGGUUCCUACGUGAGACAGUACAUUUUUAUCAAUUCACCACCCAGGACAAUGCCUUAUUGGAUGAUGAGGGCACAGAUGUUGGAAUUUGAUCUGAAUUCUAACGUAAGUCUUGUUGGAACGCUUGGUGGGCCCACAUGAUACGUGCUGUGUUUAGUGGAAUCAUUUCCCUAUUGGACUAUAGUCCAUCCGUCCUAUAUAUACAUCUUAUAAGCCGCUCGGGAAGAGUAUACGACUCAUUGUAUUCCCUGCAUUUUGUUAAAACUCUUGUCGUGUAGCCAAGAUUGCCAUUGGUGCCCGUGGUUUUUUUCUCGUAAGGGUUUUCCAUGUAAAAAUUGGUGUCUCAUGUUCGAUAUUUAUUUGCAUUAUUUGCUAGCAAGAGAACGUACGAACAACAUCACCAA